ACGACCCCCGCCCGGAUCGCGGCCGAGCCCUCUCCUCCUCCUCCUGCUGCUCCUCCCGGCCCGGCCCGGCCCGGCCCGCAACCUCCGGCCUCCCACGGAACAGGUCUUGAGUCGGGAGAAGGCCUAGGAAGCUCUGAAGAGGACUUUGGAAGCUGGUCCUUAGGUGUGAGAAAAGCCUGGACAGCCUAGCCGCAUCCCAAACCACCCCAACUCCACGACUCCAAAUCGAGACGGUGAGGGCUGCCGUCGCUGAAGAUGUCCGACAGCGUGGAGAGUGAAGAGAAGCCCCCCGCCCCGCCGUUGAGAAUGAACAGCAACAACCGUGACUCCUCAGCGCUCAACCACGGCUCCAAACCGCUUCCCAUGGCCCCCGAGGAGAAGAAUAAGAAAGCCAGGCUGCGUUCCAUCUUCCCGGGAGGAGGGGACAAAACUAAUAAGAAGAAAGAGAAAGAGCGUCCGGAGAUCUCUCUUCCUUCAGACUUUGAACACACGAUUCAUGUGGGGUUUGACGCAGUUACCGGGGAAUUCACUCCAGAUCUCUAUGGCUCACAGAUGUGCACAGGGAAGCUCCCAGAGGGGAUUCCAGAACAGUGGGCCAGGCUGCUACAAACCUCCAACAUAACCAAACUUGAACAGAAGAAGAACCCGCAGGCCGUUCUGGAUGUCCUCAAGUUUUAUGAUUCCAAAGAGACGGUUAACAAUCAGAAAUACAUGAGCUUUACUUCAGGAGAUAAAAGCGCACAUGGAUACAUAGCGGCCCAUCCCUCGAGCACAAAAACUGCAUCAGAACCUCCCCUGGCUCCUCCUGUUUCAGAAGAAGAGGAUGAAGAUGAAGAAGAAGAGGAGGAUGACAAUGAGCCACCUCCCGUUAUUGCACCACGACCUGAACAUACGAAAUCAAUCUACACACGUUCGGUAAUUGAACCCAUUGCUACACCAGCACCCUCUAAAGAGGCCUCGACCGUCAUGCCUGAAAACUCCAGCCAGAGCACUUUGUACAGGACAACCGACCGGCAGCGCAAGAAAUCCAAGAUGACAGAUGAGGAAAUCCUGGAGAAACUGAGAAGCAUUGUAAGCGUUGGUGAUCCUAAGAAGAAAUAUACACGAUUUGAAAAAAUUGGCCAAGGGGCGUCAGGUACUGUUUAUACGGCAAUAGAUAUCGCCACCGGACAGGAGGUGGCCAUAAAGCAAAUGAACCUCCAACAGCAGCCGAAAAAGGAAUUAAUUAUUAAUGAAAUUCUGGUCAUGAGGGAAAAUAAGAACCCCAAUAUCGUUAAUUACUUAGAUAGCUACUUAGUGGGCGACGAACUUUGGGUGGUAAUGGAAUACUUAGCCGGGGGCUCCUUGACGGACGUCGUCACAGAGACCUGCAUGGAUGAAGGACAGAUCGCCUCUGUCUGUAGAGAGUGCCUCCAAGCCUUGGAUUUCUUGCAUUCAAAUCAAGUGAUCCAUAGAGACAUCAAGAGUGACAACAUUCUGCUCGGAAUGGAUGGAUCUGUUAAACUGACCGAUUUUGGGUUUUGCGCUCAGAUCACCCCUGAGCAGAGUAAACGGAGCACGAUGGUGGGGACUCCGUACUGGAUGGCACCCGAAGUGGUGACAAGGAAAGCGUAUGGACCCAAAGUGGACAUCUGGUCGCUGGGGAUUAUGGCCAUAGAAAUGGUGGAAGGAGAGCCCCCGUACCUCAACGAAAACCCCCUCAGGGCCCUGUAUCUGAUAGCGACCAACGGCACCCCCGAGCUUCAAAACCCGGAGCGACUGUCGCCCGUAUUCCGAGACUUUCUUAAUCGCUGUCUCGAGAUGGACGUGGACAGACGAGGCUCUGCCAAGGAGCUCUUACAGCAUUCAUUUUUAAAAUUAGCCAAGCCUCUCUCCAGCCUGACUCCUCUGAUCAUUGCAGCCAAGGAGGCGAUUAAGAACAGCAGCCGCUAGCACUGGGGGCCCGCCCCCCCCCCACCCCACCCCUCCAUGCCAGUUCCCUCGGGAGCAGGACUGGAAAAAAAAGAAAAAGAAAAACUCUCAAACCUCAACUCCUGUGCUGCCGGACGGACGGACCAAAAGACAAACCGUCAACAGGCCUAAAGGGUGGGGCGGAAUCGGCUCUCCUAGGAAUAGCAACUUCCCAUGAGUCUUUCUUCCCGCUCCUCAGAUCACUUAACUUAUUCUCCCAGCCGGAAAGCAGCCCCAGAGGAGGACAGCGAACACAGACGUGGCUUCCUCGAGGCCGUUUCCAACACGAAGCAAGAGGACUUCUUCCCGGUGAACAAACAUUUCGUGCAUUCACUUUUAAAACGGUGGGCUCUUAGAGGUGCACAGUCCCUUCUCUGAAUGUUUUGGUUGGCUUUGGAGUUGGAGAAGGGGGCGGGGCGGCGGGGGAGGGGGCCUUCCUGGGUUCAGGGACGCCCUCAAAACCUCCUCCUGCCCCCCCACGAGGUAGUACGGUCUUUCUUUUAGAAGCCAGGAAGAAAGGACUAGGUAGAACGAGGGCAGCGGGGACCCAGCCUCCUGUUGAAGCAGCAGGCCUCCAACAUCUCCCUCCCAUUUUGAGCCUUCUUCCAUAGUGGCAGCUUGAGUUGUGCAACUCUUUCUUUUCCUUGGAAAAGUUUAUUUUAAGGAAUAAAAAAUACAGUGAAAAGAUGGGUGAGUUUCCUCAGAAAGGUAUUUUUUGUUGGGUUUGGUUUUUUUUCCUGUCGGUUGUUUUUUUUAGUUGACGCUCCAAUGGUAUCACUUUUUUCACCCCGGGAGAGUUUGACUCGGCAGUCGGUGUAAGCUUUCAUUUGGACUACCGGAAAGGGGCGAGUGGAAAUAACAUUUCUAGAGAACCGCUCCCAACCCAGGGAAGCCUGCGGGGAGAGACGGGAAUUUUUUUUGAGGGCAGAGACCCCUAACUGCCUGAGGGCGGUAAGGUGAAUGAAGUUGAAAUUGUUUUUGGCUCUUCGUGCGGUACACAUAUACUGAGGGAAGAAGAAACUUCUCAAACAUUAUCGAGCCAGGGAGUGAUCUUUUUAAUGUGAAAAGACGAAGGUUGUUCAAUUUGACCAUUUGUACUUUUUAAUGAUAAAGUGAUCUGCAGGUGACAGUCGUGAUUACUCCGAAAAUCUGUUUUUGUAGAAUAUUUGCUGCAAUAUUUUCAGUUGUAAAAAUGGGCGGACAGCGGAAUGUGUUCCAACAGCGCUUGACUAAGGCCUCUGCCAGAGACCAUCCUGUGAACCUUUUGAUGCUAUUGCAAGGUGAAGAUUUUUUCAGAUUCAGCUUGGUGGUGUUUGAAUACCAGCUCCAUCUUCCAACCAGCUCCUCUCCCUCACCCUCUCCCCUCAAGGUGGUUCCCAAAAUAUACCUACCUGUGGUUUGUCUGAGACCCACCGGGGAAAUACUGAGGAUUUUUGGGUUUUGUGGUUGGGUUUGGAAUACACAGUUGUGGAUUUACACUGACGGAAUCAUCCAAGGGAAAGAAAAAGAAAAAUGUUUGGAGGAUUUCUGAGAACAGUAUACGCUUCUCUUUUUGAGUUCACUGUUUAAUUGUUAGGACCUAGAAGAUAGCAUUUGGAGUCCUUGAAAAGCUGUUGAUUUGUAAUUUGUCGUGUAUUGAGUGGACAACGUCUUCAUGCGAUGGUGAGAAGUCAAGGGGAAAGUGAUUGUUUCUAUUUCCGUGUACUGCUUUCUCUCUGCUGAAAAUGCAGCAAGCUGACCCAUGUAAGAUAGCACUUUCUCUGGAGAGUUUCUGUCCAACGUACAAUGGCACUCCCUUUGUUUAGGCAGUUACAUUAUUUGAUUUCCUGUUAUCCUAUUUGUUGUCUUCAGCCGUGAGAUUGGUGUGUUUUGGGGUUUUGUUUUGUUCUUUUACCCCCUUCCCAGGUGAUCUCUGAAAAGAGAUCAUGGAAAAAGAAAAUCCAAAGGUCAUGUCACUUUGGCGUGAUGGGAUAGAAAAUUCAUUGGGGCCAGUGUUCCCAAUGCAACUGCUUUUUCAUAAGAGGCCUUAAUUUGUAUUUCCUUUUUUUAACAGUAUUCUAUUUUGCAGCAGUAAAUGCUAG